AUGGGUGAGCUAGACAUAGGUGCUCUCAACCACUUCGUGUCACGCGAUGGAAUCAACCACAGCGAUAUCAACACCAGUAUCCACGGAUGGGUGGCCGCAGGCAGAGACAGGGGAAGUGUCGACAUCCUCUGGUCAAGCUUGUUGACAAUCAUCCUCUGCGUCGUGGAUAGUCACUUGUGUGGCGGUCAAAAAUGGACGUACAAACAGGCUUUCCUCGUUGACAUGGGUGGGAUGUUCCUUAAGAGCCCGGACUUUCCUGAAGGAUUUCCUAUCGACGCGGAACAGCUGCAUUAUCUGGUCAAGCACGGCUUUGUCGACUUUCCUGAUAUGGACUCCAUGGAUAUCGCGGAACGUAAUACGGUCGACACUCUCUCAAGAUUUCCCUCUGACCUGUGGCGCCCUAUGGAAUUGAUGUACUACCCCCUGGGAGGCGUGUUCAUCGUUGACUUCAGCGUAACCUUCAUGAUCGGAUGGAAUUUCCAGUUCCCAACACCGACGGAGCAGCUCAUUUGGAGGCUGGCUGCGUCGUACCACAUGUUUUUCUGUUUGUACGGGGCCUUUCACUACCUUUACGAAGACCAGAAAUGGCAUCGCGCGCAGAAACGCCUGUAUGGAGCUCUUCAGUCAACAGGCCAGGAGGGAGUUGUCCAUCGGCUCAUGGCAUUGGUUCGGUCCCAGGUAAACAACUCGGCGGCAAAGGACCCAACCAUGUCGGUGCCUUUGUUUGUGAUUAUCCCGAAUGUCCUCUGGGCUCAACCGAAGGGGAUCUACUUGACCGGUAACCGGUUCCUCCAUUUCAUCGGGGAAACGUGGUAGUGCGGCUACAAGCAACGAAGGUAAAAUAAGAACAUGAAAACCAAGAAUAGAAUGAUCUCGUCU